AUUUGGCAUGUGCUUUACGUCGGAUGCCCUUCCUGACACAACCCUCUGCAUUUAUCCAGACUUGGGACUGGCACAAGAACAAUCCAGUGAAAAUGUCAGAUGUGAAAGACUUCCUAUGAAGCCUGCAAUGCAUAACAAUAUUAUCAGCUGUAAGAAGACAUACGUUUCAUCACAAUACUUUAAAAGGUCGAGCAUCAGUAUGGAUCCGAAUGGCUGCAUUCCAACUCCUCCGCCGUUCUCCUCCGUUUGCACGAGAAGCCAGAGAGGUGGAUUUCAGCGGCUCUCCGUAGUGAUGACAGCAGCUCGGCGGCACGGACGGACGCCCGGGGGGGGCAGCUAAGGUAUGUGCGGGCCCCGGGGUGCCGCUGGAUUCAGGCGCAGCGGCUGGUGCGGAGAACAGACCAGGAGCUGUACUGGGAACGAGCCGCGUGCGUCAAGUUACAUGUAUGUUCUUGUUCCAGCUAAAACACUACACAGAUGUGUAGUAGCGAAUCAUUGAUCUCCACAAUCACGGUGCAGUAGUUCGGACCUCGUGCUGCUUUUCCGUCUGUGCCAGCCACAAGGCUGCCGUGAUGUCACGGAUACUCCAAAUGACCAAAUAAGGAAACUGACGCACGCGAGUGGAAUUUGUUCUGGUCAGUGUUUCUCUGCGCGCGCGCUGCUUUACUUUCUAGAGAAAGAGAAAAGAGGAAGCAGUUCCGCCCUCAGAGGAGAGCACAGAGCAGAAAGAAGAGCAGAAAGAAGAGAAAAGGCGCACGCUAAACUCGGAGCUUGUUGUGGCGGAUGGACGACGGGACUCCGGCGGGACUUUGCUUCUCAGGUGUGGCGCUGAACGCGGGGGCUGUGUGUUGAAAAGCUCGUUGUAGAAAAUGAGCUCCAUGUAAAGAAGUUUCAGGUCCUCCAUGCUGGUGCCCUCUGCUAACAGCGGCGUUAACGGGCGGAUUCACUCGACUACUUUCCUUCGGACUUUGGGCUUUAGCUGCUGGUGAACGGCGGGACUCCGACUCGGGCCCUGGGAGGUUUUUGAUCCGGACAAACCCCAGUUCAGAACCAGUAUGAGUGGAGAAGAGGAGCGAUUCAAGCUGGUGGUGGUGGGAGGAGGAGGGGUGGGGAAGAGCGCCCUAACCAUCCAGUUCAUCCAGUCCUACUUUGUGUCAGACUACGACCCCACCAUUGAAGACUCCUACACCAAGAUCUGUACCGUGGAUGGAAAGGAGACCCGGCUGGACAUCUUGGAUACAGCAGGUCAGGAGGAGUUUGGGGCGAUGAGGGAGCAGUACAUGCGCUCAGGAGAAGGCUUCUUACUGGUGUUUGCGCUCAACGACCGGAGCAGCUACCAUGAGGUCCAGAAAUUCCACACCCAGAUCCUGAGAGUGAAGGACCGAGACGACUUCCCCAUGGUGCUGGUUGCAAACAAGGCUGACCUGGAACAGCAAAGAGUGAUCUCCAGGGAGGAUGCUCAGGCGUUCGCCAGAGAGAACAGGAUCCACUACAUGGAGUCUUCGGCCAAGAAUCGCUACAACGUAGAUGAGGCCUUCUUGGAGCUGGUGCAAAUCAUCAGAAGGUUUCAGGAGAUGGAGUGUCCUCCUCCUCCAGCUCAUCACACAGGGAAACAGAAGAGUGGUGGCUGUCCCUGUGUCCUCCUCUAAGUACUGUUACUAUGGACACCAAAGCCUCGUCCCUCUACAGCUUGUCCAAAAAGGAGUGUGUGCGUGUAUAUGUGUGUGUGUGAGAGAGAGAGAGAGAGAGAGAGAGGGUGCAUCAUUUUCUUCCCAAAUGGUUUCAUUUGCACUUUUGCCAAAAGCAACUUUUAAAUCAGUGUAAUCUUUUAUUUGAAUGAGAGGAUCUAAAGGGAGAGGUGUGAGGAGCAGCAGUUAGUUUGGUGGAGGAACAGGAAGUCAGUGCUGUGGCCGGUGUACUGGUGACAUGGAGUAAUAAUGAUGUUACUGUACAUAGUUAGUGUCCACAAAUAGAAAUAUCAUCACACUAUCUCAUGUUGUAGAAAUGACCAAACUGCUGUUAGAAAGGAUGCCGCGUCCUGCAGGUACUGAUGUCAGCUGUGACAUCAUCACUGCACAGCUGACUGCGCUAGGAAAAUCACAUGAACAAUUUAUCUCAUAUAAUACUAUGUCUUUAGUGUACAAAAAUGUUCAUGUAACAUUUCAACUUGCCCAUGACAUGUGGCACGCCCAAAGACAGGUCAUGUUCCAGGCCUUCCUUCAGGGGGCAGCAGAGCUCCACAGCAGAAUUAUAAAAGAAAGGGAGGAAACGUAGCAGCAGAUCCAGGCUGUAGUUGUGUUUCCAGCUGCUGUGUUUGUUUUUUGUUGCCCCCUCUCCAUCUUUCCACUUGUGUUGCCAUAAUGAGACAGAAUAUUGAAAACAUCCUUAAAUACCAGAUGUCAAUUCAAGGGCCUGAUCAGAUUGUACAUGAUCCAGAUCAGACUAUUUCAGUUGGGGAACUGCUGGUCCCUCAGCCAUGCACACCCUACACUAGCUGGAUGAGGAAGAGUCGAAUUCCAAAUUGGAUUAAUGUAAGGUUACAUGAACAGCAGAACUUGUGUCUGUUUGCACAUUUCAACAUUUGAGCGGUGGGCAACAUAUUGGGUUGACACAAAUACGCUGUUUUGGUGAUAGGUGGACUGCAUUCUGGUACUAAUAUCUUUUUUCCCAUUCAUUUGUUUUUUCCAUCUACAUGCUCAGUGUCUCAAAAUGAGGUAUAUGCAUAAAGAUGUUUUUCACAGAAAUCAACACCACUGACCACAAAGACGACACAGUAGUGUCUGUGAAUGAACUGGUAGCAGGUGAAAGUUCAUUCUUGACCUUGAGUACAGCAGUUUAACAAAAUAAUCCUAACUCAAGGUUCACUUACAAGCUUUCUCUCGAGCUUUCAACUGCAUCUCAUGAUCUUCAUUCAGCAUCAUUCAUGGAGCUGGCUAAAAUGUCAUCACAUGACCUAAGUGUGGACCUUCCUUCACGUAAUGGCAGUGGUCAUAUAUGGGCAGAAACGGUAACCCCUGUCAUCAUGUCCCUGACUCCUGCUCGAUGACCUUUGACCUCUUCCCAGUGGAUGCUGUGAGAGGUUUUGGUCUGGAGUUCACAGACAGCUGAUGUCUAUUUCUGCUGUUCAUUCAGUCUCCUGUCCAGGCUCCUUGCUGAUGUCACUGAUGUAGUGUUCAAUUCAAUUUUAUUUAUAUAGCGCCAACACAAGUUAUCUCAUUGCGCUUUUCCUAUAAAGCAGGUCUAGACAGAACUCUUUAUAAUAUUAAUUACAGAGACCCAACAAAUCCCACCAUGAGCAAGCACUUGGCGACAGUGACAAGGAAAAACUUCCUUUAAACAGACUGAAUGGUGGGCGGCCAUCCACCGCUGCCGUGUUAGGUUUUGAGAGGGGAGGAUAGUGUUAGGGAGGCACAAUGCAAAGACCACGUAGAAUUUUUUUUUUAUAUAGUAGAAUAGUAAUUAUAGCGUUAAUAUUAAUAAAUUAGAAAUAAUAGGAAUGAUAGCUAUAGGAAUAAUAAUGACAGUAUUAGUAACAGAGCCAAUAACAACAACUGUAGUAGCAGUUGUCGAGCAGGAACACGGGGGCAGCAGGUGGCCCACAACCACAGAUCCAGUCUCUGCAGCUCUGGAGGCAGAAAUACCUGCUGAAAGCGACAGAAGGAGAGAGGAGAGAAAUGAGAAAGCACAGAACUACGGGAGAGAGAAGAUGUCGAGUUAGUAACAUGCAGUAAUGGGAUAAAAAUGCAAACAGAUGGAGAGGGAGAGGAGGAGAGAGGAAAGAGGUGCAUCAUGGGAAGUCUCCCAGCAGUCUAGGCCUGUAGCAGCAUAACUAAGGGAUGGUUCAGGACUCACCUGAGCCAGACCUAACUAUAAGCUUUAUCAAAGAGGAAAGUCUUUAGCUUGCUCUUAAAUCUGGAGAUGGUGUCUGCCUCCCGAACCCAAACUUCCCCACAGCUGUCACAUGUGAUGUCAUGAUGAUAUCAUAGACCACUCCAGUCUUCCUCUCAGGAGCGGGCCUGUCUUUAGGGUGUAGCAGCAGGGAUCUCGAGGUGUUGAAUGGUUGGAGGUAAGUGCCGACUGUUUUGACAGUCCCGCUGGGGUGCUUCUGGGGGUCCCCCUUCACCAUGUACGACCACCUGUUAUCACGUGACUGAAGUUUCUCACUGAGGCCACAUGAUGACAACUAAGCCAUCUCCAUGACAACUGAGCAAGGUGAUAUGAGGUUGAAAGUUGUGGAUAAAGCUAAUAAGUGGAGCUGGAGGUUAGACUGUUUUGUCUGGCAGUGGAUGGGAAGCCGUGUUCUUUCAGUCCUGAAGGUGUGUAUUAUUCUAGUAUCGCCCAACAUAUCAUUGGAGAUUUCUAGAUUUUCACCAUUACAAUCUCACAGGAGCCUGAAGGUGGCCCCGCCCCCUCUGCAUAGUGUGUGUUCGAGGGUGUCCAUCAUCGUGACAGGAAUAAUGGGUGUUUUUGUUUGGCCUUAAUUUUUGCCACUAUUUUGUCAAAAUUUGUCGAACUCCACAGACGUGAGAUCCCCACCCCCACCCCUGCGCCCUGCCCCCAACUGCGCAGUAGCCUCAACCGACCAGUAGAGGCCACUAUUGCAGCCACAGGGAUGCGCAACCAGCAGUCCUCUCCAGCUUCCCACGCACAUAUCAUGGCGGAGCGCACAUCCAGGCCACAGGACCCUGAUCCUGUGGCCUGGAUGUUUGUUCCUCACUGCUUUUUAUUUGCACAGAGAGAUUAACUCAAGAUGAUGCACACCAAGAACAAAAGAAAACAAAUCUGUCAGUACUUUUCCAGAUAUCCAGUUUGGUAUCUGACAUUUGUAAUGCUUCAGGCAGUUUGGUUUCUCUUCUUUUUCCUUUUCAUAAGAAUCCAUAUUUAUAUCUACCUUACAAUUCACAUCCUCAGUUUUGUAUUGAAAUAAAAGUCAUUAAAACGUUUACCCAAA